GAUCAAAUUACAUUAAAUGUAACACUAUUAUUAAUAUGAAAGGCUAUAUGUGAUUUGUAGGCGUUUUUCCUCCAGGCUUAACACCAACUCCCAUGAUCCCCUUCUCUUCAGUCCGGUCAUUCUCCAGGCGGGAGAGAUGUUUUCCUUCCUGCGAUGUUUUAGCACUGAAUCCUUACUUAUUUACAUGCUUUAACUAACGUUUGCGUUUAUUUCUUUACCACGCAAUAUGACAAAAUCAUCAAAAAACCACAGAGACUACGGGAUACUCUCUGAACAUUUCUCUCCAGGGAGUAAAGUGAGGGACCUUUAUAUUCCGCAGCACAGCCCCGCCUUCACUCAGGAGACCCCAAUGAAGCCUUCACAGAUCCCCAACCGCUUCCCCCACCAGCCUCACAGGCCUACGUACGGGAACUCUCUGCACUACGGCGGCCCAGAGCAGCACCACAGACAGAGGCAGCGCUUUGGCACCAACCCCUGUCACCCUCCACGCCCUCCAGGACCCCACCACUAUCACCCAUCACAGCACCAACACAGCUACGUCUACAAUCCGCCCAGCCGGAGAGAUGGUGAAAACUACAAUAACCAGCCACAGCAGCACUGUCCCAGAGCGCAGGCGCCGCAUGGACCUGUUCCCCAGUGGCGCCCUGUGACCCUGCACCCUCCUCCUCAGAGCAUACCUGUCAAUCACGUAAACUACACGAACGGGCACGCCAUGUUUCCUUACAGAGACCCUCCCAAGUCCACAGAAGUUGUACAGGACAAACCCAGAGACAAGGUUGAACCCAGUCCUGUGGAGAUGGUGCCCAUGGUGGAGCUGCGCAGACCCAGUGACCUGCCUCUCCCGGGCGGGUGGAAGGAGAGCGCCCCCCAACCUCAACGAGAAUCCUGGAGCACAAGCAGCAGCAGUGGCCGUGCUCGAUUCUCCAUGUCUGGUCAAGAGAGGAGGUCCUGCUUCCCCUCUUUACACAGCCUCAUGCCCACUCAGGAGCGAUAUCAAGAAGAGACCGCCUCACAUACACUGCAAACAAGUAGGAACUGUUUACCCACUAGAGACACACAGCAAAAAAGACCCAGGGAAUCCGGAACUGACGGUGACAAUGCCAAGAAACCCUGUCUCCUCUCUGUGCAGCACAACCAAACCCUCCCCUUCUCUGCUCAUGUCCCCAUCUCCCACUCAAAACUACCGGACUCUGAGCUCUCUCCUGAAACACCUGAAACCCACAUACAGACCGAAUCUCUACACGCAAAACCACUCAAGCCUGCUGCUCACUCCCCACCGCACACAGACAAAUCUUGCAUUCCACAAGCUUGUAUUCAAUUCACAAACAACAAUGUGAUAGUAUUAACACCUGCAUCAAGGAAAAGUGGAAUUCUAACCCAGGUGCACGAAGAGUUUAAGAAGAAGGAUGGUCCAGCUUCAGCUCUGUCAAACAAGCACAAUGCCUCUUGUAGUAGUACACCAAAUGAACCCAAAAGCCUGCACAAGGUCAUCCAGGUGGGAGAUAACAAAAUAGCGGACUUGAAUUGCAACAAAGCAGCAGCGAAGGCAAGCACAGGGUCGCCAAUUUGUCGCAAAUUCAGCCGGCCCAAAAAACAGCAGCCAGUUUUGGACGAUUUAAAUGAUCUUUUUACGCCAGAUCCAAUUUACACUGUCAGUUCUGGUCAGAAAAUUAAAUCUAAUCUAAAAGCGAGGCCAGAUGACAAAGCUAAAAUUGUAAAUGUUAAAAAUGAACAGUCAGUUUCAAGCCACGCACAAACUCCAGUGUCCAAGUUGCAUAAAGAGAAGACAUCAACACAUAGCAGUUCCUCUUUUAAAGUGUCAAAUAGUAGUCUUAUAAUACCAGAUGGUGUCCAGAUCUUAUUGCCAACAGUCAGCUUGACACGUGUGAUUGUUCCUGUUAAAACUGAGAAAGAUACUAAUACCUCUGGGACGGUUAAACAAACGGAGGAGAGGCAGAAGAAGGUGACCCAUGAUGAUUCUGUAGACCUGGACUUGGAUCUGAGUCUGGAUCUACACCUGGACGAUCAAAGCUCCCAAAGCAGUGACAGUGAGGAGGAGCCACUGGUGUCACUACAGGAAAUAAUGAAGAAGAGGAAGCCCCCUGACACACCGGAGAAAGGGGCCUUCUCUGAGCCCAGCACAUCCGGCCACACCAACCACAAGAGACUGCACCACACACUAUCCACCACCAAGACGGGCAACUACAAGAACAGCCUGGACCAGAUGCUCAAGGAGAUCACCACUAGAACGAAAGCAAAAGGAACAGAGAUGGAGCUCCUCACAGCCUGUCAGGAAGAUCUGAUGAGGAUCGCAGAGUUUGAGGAGGCGGACGAAGAGGAGCCCCUGUCCCUCGAGCACCAGCAGAUCGUGCAGAGGUAUUCCCUGUUCUCCAGUGCCAUCAGAGAAGUUCCUCCUGGACACGAGCUUUUUCAUCUGGAGAAGUUUGGUCGUAUCUUCAACCAGAACACACUGGAACUCCGCCAGUGCAAGCUCAACCCACAGGAAACGGCAGAGAAGACCCUCCUAUGGUCUAGUCCCUCUCAGUUCAAGCUGUACAUUCACAUCGGUCUGUUCCAAGAGGCUUUCCAGCGCUUGCCCUGCCCCUUUCAGAUCACACGCUUUCUCUUCAAGAUGAUGUGUGUUCACAGUGACCAUAUGUUGUCAGUGGACAUACUACAGGUCCUCACUGAUAUUGCAUACUCCGCUACUACUAAAAUAGUCAAUGGCAGUGACAGGUUCCGAGUGUGGGUGCCCUCUGUAGCAGACAUCACCCUGGUGCUCAUGAACAUGGGGGUCUCCUUUGUGUCUCUGUUCCCUCUGGAGACUCUGCAGCCGCCUUUCACUGAGGGACGUCUACUUGAAGACAUUUACAUUAAGAGUGAGAGUCCUUCUACCACACCACCAAGCACUUUCCCUGAACACAACUGUAACAACAUGUUUAAGUACCUGUCAUGCUGCCUGGGCCUGUGUCCACGGUUCUACUCGGACAGUGAGCUUUUUUUGCUGCUGACAUCAAUGUGUACAGUCAGUCUGGAGACACGGCUCCUCCUACAGGCCGGUGUGGAGCUCUACCCCCUCCUCUACAAGCUCCUCAACAACAUCCGCCACUGGGAAGACAUGAUGCCUAAAAUCUGCCUGGCUCUGACGGACCUCACAGACGACCACCACAACAUGUGUCAUCUGGUUCAACUGCUGCCUGAUCACACUCGCGGAAAGACUCUCCGACGUCAUCUGAGCCUGUCUAUGAUUUCUAAACUGUUGGAUGGCAGUUGUUUGUACAGACCUAAAUCCAAAGAGAUGCAGUUGAGUGACCUGAGGCUGUAUGUGCAGAGAAUGAAGCCUUCCUCUCUGCUGCGCACCAUCAUCAGCUCGUCUGACCGCAAGUACACAGAGGAGGACCAGGAUUUUCUCGAUCAGCAGGCAUACUACCUCUGCUACAGCCUAUUGACUUUGACUAAUGAAGCCACCAACAUGCAGUACUUCCCCCCUCAACAGAAGGAGCAUCUGCUGUUGCUGUGCUCUGAGCUGGAACGCCACGUCAAAUGUCACAUCAGGGAGAGUGAGAAGUGGCUGUACCGCAGUAAGGUGAAGGACCUAGUGGCCAGGAUAUACACAAAAUGGCAGAUGCUUCUUCAGAAAACAAGACCUCUAAAUGGCAAACUGUACGACUACUGGCAGCCAUUGCAGCUAGACUCUGGGGGAAGCCAAGAUAUCGAAGAAAUAGAGUCGAGUCAGGAAGUCACAGAAAAGGAUUGCGUUUCGGAUGAGGUGACGGUGGAGACGGGAAAACAAGAUGAAGGAUUGGACUGUCAAGAUGGAGAAGCUAACCAGAUUGUACCAAAAGAUAGUGAAGAAGGGAACGUCACGGAAGAGGUGAAAGCCCAUAGCACUUUUGAACUGGACACUGAAGGGGGAGAUGAUCAUACACAAGAGGAGGAUGAUCUGUGUGAGGACAUGGACACAGAGACAGAACAUACCUCAGGACUGUCCCCGGAGCAGUCCCUUUCCCCGGCCUUUGAGUUUGGACACGUGAAGAGACCAGAUACCGCGUUGCCCACCCUGCUCCAAACCAGCUAACUCCAAACAACACGCAGACACUUCAGGGACUUCUACUGACUUCUAUUUGCACUACACCUUUUAUUAUGUGCUGCAACAGAUUAAAGAAAAAAUGUUCAAAGACUACUGUGUGAUCAAAAAAGAUUCUCUUGUUCCAAGUUUCAUCCAUAGAUAUGUAUGUAUAUGUAUAUGUUUUAGAGAUGGCAUAUUAUUCUGAUUGUGCCAAUAUUUGUUCUGCACUGCCCAAGUUGUGUCAGUCCCAGUUUGUCCGUUGUUGGUUACUGUUUAAUAUCGAUACCAAAAUCCAUAUUGGACUAUUCCUGAUAUAUUUCAUUCGUAAUUAAUGUGUACCUCAGCAAGUGGACUUUGAAUUAUUUCAGUGCAAUUUUUUUAUUAUUGCAAUUUAAUGAUUAAUACUUUUGAUAAUUAUUGUUUAAGUAACUUAUUCCAUAUGUUUGCAUAUUUUAUACGUUGGUUUGUUGUGUUUUUCAAAAAUAUUUUUCUACAGUUUUGUACCAAGUGUUUUAUAAGAGUUCAAAAACGAAUUAA